GGGCGACCUCGGGCGGGGGCGGGGGCGGAGGCGCGUCCGUUCUGCGCAGGCGCCAAUGGGGCUUCGCCGGCGGUACCAUGCCGGGGCGGCACGUCGCGCGAGUCCGGGCCCUGUACAGGCGCAUUUUGCAGCUACACCGGCUUCUGCCCGUGGAUCUCAAAGCCCUGGGAGACCAGUACGUAAAGGACGAAUUUAGGAGACACAAGGCCGUUGGUUCUGAGGAGGCCCAGCGUUUCUUGCAGGAAUGGGAGGUUUAUGCAGCAGCAUUAAGGCAACAAGCUAACGAAAACAGACAAAAUGCAGCUGGAAAAGCACGUUUUGGCACCGCCCUCUCAGAAGAAAAGCUUAAUGACUUCCGUGAUGAACAGAUUGGACAGUUACAGGAACUGAUGCAAGAGGCUACUAAACCCAACAAGCAAUUUAGUAUUACUGAAUCUACAAAACGAAAAUUUUAGUAACUGUAGUAGAGUUUUAAAAAGCAUGCAAGGGCCUGAAGAUACAGCUCUGCAGCACAGCUCCUGCCUGGCAGGUGCAAGGUCCUGAGUUUGAUUCCUAGUAUCCCCCAAACCAAUAAAUGGAUAAAU